CAAUGGGAUGCUUUUGAAAACAAUUAAAAAAAAUGAUCUCUUGUAUCUUCCCAUACAAAUAGUCACGAGAAGCCUACUCAGCUCAAGAUUCUGCCCAUGGCAUCACCCAGCAACUACUCCACUGCCCCAGUCUCUGAAUUCCUCCUCAUCUGCUUCCCCAACUUCCAGAGUUGGCAGCACUGGCUGUCCCUGCCCCUCAGCCUCCUCUUCCUCCUGGCCAUGGGGGCCAACACCACCCUGCUGAUCACCAUCCGGCUGGAGGCCGCUCUGCACCAGCCCAUGUACUACCUGCUCAGCCUCCUCUCCCUGCUGGACAUAGUGCUCUGCCUCACCGUCAUCCCCAAGGUCCUGGCCAUCUUCUGGUUCGACCUCAGGUCUAUUAGCUUUUCUGGCUGUUUCCUCCAGAUGUUUAUCAUGAACAGUUUUCUCCCCAUGGAGUCCUGCACAUUCAUGGUCAUGGCCUAUGACCGCUAUGUGGCCAUCUGCCACCCCCUACGGUACCCAUCCAUCAUCACUAAUCAAUUUGUGGCCAAGGCCAGCGUCUUCAUUGUGGCACGGAAUGCCCUUCUUACGGCACCCAUUCCUAUCCUCACUGCCCAGCUCCAUUACUGUGGGAAAAAUGUCAUCGAGAACUGUAUCUGUGCCAACCUGUCUGUGUCCAGGCUCUCCUGUGAUGAUUUCACCCUUAACAGAAUCUACCAAUUUGUGGCUGGUUGGACUUUGCUGGGCUCAGAUUUCAUCCUCAUCUUCCUCUCCUACGCUUUCAUUCUAAGAGCUGUGCUGAAACUCAAGGCCGAGGGGGCUGCAGUCAAGGCCCUGAGCACCUGUGGCUCUCACUUCAUCCUCAUCCUCUUUUUCAGCACCAUCCUGCUGGUGGUGGUGUUGACAAAUGUGGCCAGAAAGAGGGUUCCCAUGGACAUCUUGAUCUUGCUCAAUGUCCUUCAUCACCUUAUUCCCCCUGCCUUGAACCCUAUUGUAUAUGGGGUUCGGACCAAAGAGAUAAAACAAGGAAUUCAGAAAUUGCUGCAGAAAGGGAUGUGAAUAUGUAAAACAGAUUUCUAAUUCUUCCUCUCCUUUCUCUUCAGCGACUUUAUAUGGGCAGGGAGGUAGAGAAGUGUCCAGUGAGGGAGUAUUUCUUAUCUACGCUGAGGGUCAUUUCGCAAUGGAACCAGAUUCCUUCCUUAUUCUCCUUCCUGGUUCCAGUGGAGGCAGGCAAAAAGAUGAAAGUUACAUUUCUUGAGUAACUGCUUUGAGCCUAGGCAAUUAUAUUUAAGUGAUUUGAUCUUUAAGACAUUCCCGAGGGCAUGCUACUUCCAUUUCACAUAGUAGAAAAAGAGAUGCUUUUAAGAAGGGAAAAUGCCAAAGGUCACCUAUUUGGGAAGCAAACGAGUAGAGAUUAAAAUCCAUGCUCUAGAACCUAGACUCCUUCUACAGAAAUGGCUCUUCAACUAUUAAUGCAAUUGAAGCUGAAGACCACAUCCCUAUUGCACUCACUUUUGGCCUGUGUUUUGUCUUUCUGGCUGUCUACAGGUAUUUCUUGCCUGUACUUCCUUCUUUGACAGCCACAGGGUUCUCAGAGAAGGCAGAGUCUUGCCUGAGAAAGCGUCCGCAGGACAGCAAGAAAAGAGAAUCACAACAGCGUAAAGUAAUGGCAGCUUCCUGUUCUAUCCUACACAGCCUCACUACCAUUAGGGGGAGUCUUGGGUCUUGAGUCUUGGAA